AUGGAUCAUGGUCCGGACGAUAUCAAGCCCAAAGAUGAACUCGAUGAAUACAUCGAAGAUGGCGGUACAUCCGCAGAAUCAGCAGAGUUCAAGAUCAAGGAGGCAAAAUUAAGGAGAAAACUUGAUCUCUUCAUAGCUCCAGUCAUGAUGAUGCUUAUGCUCAUUAGCUAUCUGGACAGAGGGAACAUCGGAUUUGCUGCAACCCAGGGGAUGUCAGCAGAUAUUGGCUUGAAGGGCAAUCAACUGAAUACCGCUGUAUCAAUAUUCUACAUCUUUUACAUCUUGGCAGAAUUCCCAACUUCAAUCUUUGUCAAACGGCUACAAUUCAAUAGAGUCAUACCUGCAAUUUGUGCUAGCUGGGGACUAGUAUGUUUGUGCAUGGGCUUCAUUCAGAACUUCGCAGGCCUCUGUGUCUGCAGACUUCUCCUGGGUUUCUUUGAAGGGUGCCUCUUCCCAGCUAUGACUCUCCUUCUUGCCAACUGGUAUCGACGAGAAGAAUUGGCACAACGCAUUUCUUACUUAUUCAUCGCAUCCGCCCUAUCAGGUGCUUUUGGUGGACUUAUCGCUUUCGGUAUCCUCUAUAUGAACGGCGUCGCUGGCUAUCCAGGAUGGCGAUGGCUCUAUAUCAUUGAAGGAGUUAUCACCAUCAUAUACGCUGUAUUGUGCAUCUGGUUGGUUCCCAAGAACUACCAGACGGCCUAUUUCUUGAAUGCCGAAGAAAAGAAACUCAUGGCAAUCCGGGCAGAGCUGUCAGAGUCCUACAGUGGUGGCGAUGGUCACUAUAAGAUGAAAGAGGUGAAGCUGGCUGCAAAGGAUAUCAAGACCUGGCUCCAUGGUAUAGGCCAGAUCGCCGUUGUCACCAUUUUAUAUGGAUUCGGAACGUUCCUCCCCAUCAUCUUGAGAUUUGGAUUCAAUUACUCCACGAAACAAGCCCAAUAUCUGGUCAUCCCUGUCAACCUUUGGGGUGCUCUGGUAUAUGCGGUGGGUGCGGUCAUCUCGGACAAGUAUCACAAGCGCUUUUGGAUCAUGGUCAUCUGCGCCCCGUUUGGCAUUGCGGGUUACGCAAUCUUGCUAAGUGAUGUUCCCGUUGGAGUGUUGUACUUUGCUACAUACCUCAUUGCAACCGCUUGUUUCCUCUGCACGGGAGGAAAUAUUGCCUGGCAUUCAGGAAAUGUUGCUCCUGACGGAAAGCGAGCUGCUGCUCUAGGCAUUCAACUGACCCUGACAAACAUUGGAGGUAUCGUUAGUGGACAGAUAUACCAAUCCAAAUCAGCACCAAAGUUUACCCUCGGCCAUUCAUGGUCUCUUGGCUGCCUGGUGUUCGCUCUGAUUAUGUUCAACAUUCUCCGAAUCGUCUACAAGCGACGUGAAGCGUGGAAAGAUAAAGCCAUAGCAGAGGGGAUUGUUGUUCCGCCAGAGGAAUUCACCGAUCGGGCACCCACGUUCAGAUAUCAGUUUUAA